AUGGAUAUCGACGAGUUUUCCGACGAUGGCCUCGACGACAUGGGCGUCACAGAGCUUGAUGCUCUCGAAGCCCAUGCCAUCCAGCUCACACAGGCAAAGCAAUUGACACAGCCGCAGCGAUCACAACUCCAAGAUAUCGAUUAUGGCUGGGAAGAAGAUGACGAUCUCGACACCACAGAAGUCACAAACGAUGCUGGUCUACCCGUUGGACGACACAACAUCCAUCAUACGCCUAGCCAGCAAGAUGCUAUGCCACCACCUCGCAUGAUCCCUCCCGUGCCGAAUCCGCAAUGGAACCCGACUUUCCAUUCAGCCAAUAGACCAUCGUCACAAAUGCCCCCGCCAGCUCUCAGCCGACCUCCGCAGAGCCAGCUAGCCCGAGCGCUGCUUCCUGGAGCAUCACAGGCCGGUGAUGUUGUGUCUGCCUUGCAGCAGAGGCUGCGAGCAUUAGAGUCGGAACUCAAUGCUGCUCGCGGAGAGGCAUCUAUUCUCCGCGCCAAGUCGGUCAAGACCGAACGCGAACGAGACAUGGAAGUGAUGCGCCUGCGAAAAAUCAACGCAGAGCAGCAGGAGAGGCACGAGCGCAUGCUCGAGACUGCUGUUGCCGCCGAAAAGAGCGCCAACACAGAAUUGCAAUUCAUGCAGCGAGACUUGAAAGAAAAGGCCAUAAGCGACAGAACAAAGAAGAAGGAUUCCACCUUUGGCGGCAAUGCCACGACUCCAAAGAAGGCUGGUGGACGAACGUGGGGCAUUGCCGACGGCUUCGAUGAGAUGGACAUUGCCAUCAGCCCUAGUAAAGGACAAGGACGAGGCAAGGCGGGUGGUUCUGUAGCAACCGCCGUUGGAGAGCGUACACCAAGUAAAGGGAAACGAAAGCGGCCAACAAUCGAUAGCCCAGUCACGGCGCUCGAGACACACACGGAUGAUGUCUUCAUGGCGGAUGCCAGGGGCGGCUCUUCCCAACCCACCCAGCAAGCAACGGUUACAGAGGCUCCAGCGGCACCAUUCGAGUUUCUGCAACUGAUCCUCGAUCAUGGCACUGUCGCCUCAAAUCCGCCCACCUUUGAUGCUCUUUCCAAGCUCAACUUUCCCUCCGAGCCGACAACCUCUCUAGCGGCCAAAAUCUUCGAGAGGAUACCGCUCAUGGGUAAUGCCCAACAACCUAUGCAGCUCCUAGUAGACUUUGUGGAAUUCGUGACUACACUCUGGUCACGGUGCUUUGAGGAGCAAUACUGGGCGCCAGUCCGACACCUUGUCCAACUGAUCGCGUUUACGUUUCAAUUGCACACCACAUCAGUGGCUCCGCUUGUUAUCCGCAAUCUACUGCCUACGAUUGAGUCAACAGUAUUUAUCAUUGCAGAAGCCCAUCAGCACCGUCUUGCCGAUGGCUCUCUACCAAGCAAUAUGGAGCCUAGAGAGAUUGAGAACUAUGUGGAUACCCAGGAAAUCAUGUCUUUAUUACAUAUCUGCGCCUUGGCGUGUGCCACGAAUAGCCCAGAGAGCGAACGAGACGAAUACUCGACACUGGCAAUUUGGCAGCUGCUCUCGUGGGAGUUUGUGCUUCUCUUGUUGACGAAUAAGCAAGACUUUGCCGAUACGAUUAGCAUGCUGGAUCUGCUGGCGACCUCGUCUCUCCCCAAUUCUAUUGGGCCUAUAUGCCAUGAUCGGGAACCUGACUUUGUGGCACGCCUCAUUAUCGACCGAGUCAGCCUCAAGCUUGUCGAAAGCCUACGAUCCAAUCUCAGCACAUUACAACGAAGGCAAAUCCGAGCAGCUGCUCUGCGGACAUUGAUCUCGUUUACAAAGCAUCCUUUUGGCGCUCGUCAGCUUGCAUCCCACGACAACGCACUACCUCGCUUGGCAGUGUGCCUCAGCGCAUCCAUUGAUGACCUGUACCACCAGCCGAUAUCGCGGUCUGUUUUAUCGCAAUCGGGGGCGUAUACACCAUCCAUUGCUAAGCUUGUGGCUUCAUCGCAAUCAGGAGCAGACCUGAGCCACAUCAUUGCACAAUGUGUAACUCUCAUACACACUCUUGUGACAAGCCCAGUCACGGCGGACGUAGCCGACAUUAUGAAAAAGUUGUCAGUAACACAUGGCGGAAACCAGCGGUACAUCUUAGCGCUUGGCCGCUUAAACUUUGCUGACGACGACUUGAUUAUCGAAUCAGGAAUUGACGUCGACAUUAUCGAAGCGGCUCACGAACUUUUAGAGCUCGCAGCAACGCCAGACGAAGGCGAAAUCAUUGGCGAUGCCUUUGCCCCAUAG